UAACAUACUAGAAGCUUGUUGUGGUAAGCAUGGCUACUGCAAGUCCCACUGCAGAUUUGCAGAAAGAGCUGAUCUGUGCAAUCUGCCUGGACUACUUUGACGACCCUGUCAUUUUGAAAUGUGGACAUAAUUUCUGCCGCUUUUGUAUUCUUAUGCAUUGGGAGGAAAAUGGCGGGGAAGACAUCGGUUAUCAGUGUCCAGAGUGCCGAAUGGUAUUCAACAAGAUCAGUUUCACCAAAAACUACCUGGUGAAGAACCUGGUGGAUAAGUUGAAUCAGCUGGAAUGUUUGAAGUCCUUCAAACCCGCACAGCCCAAGCCAGUGAAGCUCGACGGUAAAUGCGACCGUCAUGGGGAAGAGCUGAAACUCUACUGCCACACAGACCGCAAACCCAUCUGUGUGGUCUGCAGAGAGUCCAGAGCACACAGACACCAUGAGGUAGCUCCUGUCCCAGAGGUUCUGGAGGACAUGAGGGGGGAGCUGAGGAUGAGGCUGGUGAAGCUGGAGUGGCAGCAGAGCGUGUGUUCCCGGGUGAAGGCCGAAGACGAGCACACCAAGAACGACGCCAAGCUGAAGAAGCAGAGGUUGAAGGAGAAGAUCGAGGAGGAUGUGGGCGCCCUGGUGCAGUUCCUGCUGGACGAGAAGGACACGCUGCUGGACAGCCUGGACGCCGAGCUGGUGGCCACCACGGCCGUCAUCGACGAGAACCUGAAAAAGGUGGACAAGGAGGCGGUCGCCGUGGACGAGGCCAUCGCCGAGAUCCGGAAGCACUUUGGCGGGAAGCCGAGCUUUGAGAGCAUGACCCAGAUAAUCGGCAAGCCCCUGCAGGUGAACCCCUCCGUCUCCUCCUGUAACUGCCCUGUGGACUGGACCGAUUUCUCAGGACCCUUCCAGCUCAUCCUGUGGAAGAAGAUGAUGCAUGUGCUGUACACCAUGCCUCAGAACCUGACCCUCGACCCCGACACGGCCCACCCCAACCUUGCCAUCACCGACUUCGACACCAAAGUGGAGGAGGGCCGUGCCCGCAGCCAGGACCCCGACCUCCCCCAGCGCUUCACGCGCUUCUGUGGCGUCCUGGCCACGGCGCAGUACGCCAGCGGCCAGCACUACUGGGAGGUGGACGUGAAAGACAAGGGCGUGUGGUACCUGGGCGUGACCACCGAGUACAGCAACAGGAAGGGCUUCGUCAACCUCAGCCCCUCCUCCGGGUACUGGAGCCUGUGCCUGCAGGACCGCCUCUACGCCAACGAGGAGGACGCCCGCGUCCUGGUGGCCGACUACUGGAACUCGCCGCGGGUGGGCGUGUACCUGGACUACGACAACGGGCGCGUGUCCUUCUACGACGCAGUCACCAUGAAGAGGCUGUACAUGUUCGACGCCUACUUCGACGAGCCCGUGUCGCCCUUCUUCAGCCCCGGGAAGAACGACCCGGGGAGCAGGCUGCAGAUAUGCCACUACUACUAAAAAGGGAGCGCGACGCGAGGCCCCGGGGGGGGGUUCGGCCCCCCCUGGUUCGGCCCCCGCAGCCCCCCAACCUCCUCCUGGGUUGGAGAGGCUAACGAUAUUCGGAGGAGAACAACCGAGGAGGGACGCCCGAGACCCAGUUGAGACGAGAGUCAAAGACGGAAGAUCUGUUCACUUUUUUGUCACAGACGUAGCUAGGUGCCCCAUGGCACAGGCGUGGCCCCCCCCCCCCCCCCAUCGUUAGCUCUGCUUUGCCCCUCCAGCGGUGCGUGGGGGGGCAGCAAUAGUUUCACUCCGUCUGUGUUCGCUCCAGGUCAUGUGACUCCAGGUCAUGUGACUCUGUGACCCUGCUCACGCAAGGUCACUUGUGUGUGUGUGUGUGUGUGUGUGUGUAUAUGUUUGGGUCACCCGGAGGGGUUUCUCCUGAUAAGGUUUCUGCCGAACCAACCAGGCAUUCGACCAGCCACCUUUCUCCACUAGGGAGGGUAGGAUUUCAGUGUGUGUCGUUUGAUGAUAGACUCUAGGCAGUUUUGACCGCAGACAGUGUUUUUUUUUCUCCUUCUUCUGCGUAGGUUUGUGUGAAAUUCAGGAUUCUGGAGUCGGUAACGGACUACAGUUGUAGUUUUUUCCCUUGCCUCCCUCAGAACAUUCAGGUAAAGCAGUGCAGAGCAGAGGGCCAAAGCCUCGCUAGGUGCUCUGGUCUUGAUACCCACCUCCCCCCCUCCCUCCCUGUGUGGUGGUCUUGUGUGCCCCCCCUCAGAGGGGGGCGCCAGGUCGCACCACACACACACGUCAGGUCACGGCACAGCGGAGGGAGGUUCGACUUCCAGCGUAGCAGUGUCGACGGCGUCCCUGGCGGCUCCUUCUCUCUUUGUGGCCCCGCGAGGGGAAGUGAGGUCGUGCAGAAGUCUCAUCACUGUGUCGUCAGUUUGGAAACGCAAUCAGUGCGUCCGUGGUUGCAACCUUUUCGCACAGUCACGGCAAGUUGUCACCGAUCAGUUUGUACAGAGGUCGACCACUUCUCUUGUCCUUGCUCAGCCUCUUUUGGGCCAGGCGUUUUGUUGUGACUUCCAUGGUUGCUUUUUUUUUUUAAUAGGUCGUCCAUUUUGGAAACGUUUACGUGCAAGUUUGGCACAUUGAUAUGUAUGUGUGUCUGCUUUUACGCAGCAAAGUGACUGAAGUGCAGGGCGCUGGCAUUGUGGCGUCAUUUCUAUUGUUACACAUGUCGAGACCUUUUCUCUUAAGCAUUUGCUUUUAUUAAGGCAACGUCACAUUUAAAAGUGUUCAUGUAUUAAAAUAAGAAGAGUCAAUCUAAAUUAUUGUUCUGUCAGUCUUCUUGACUGAGUACAUGGACAGGCAAUGCAGAGUUUGAUGUUUCUUCGGUUGGUGAUUGGUCGUUGUUGGUGAUUGGUCGUUGUUGGUGUGGUCGUCCUGACCGUCUGAGGUCUGAUGAGGAACCGGACCAAAGUUUUACACGAGUGAUUUUAAGGCGUUUUUGGUCUUUUCUUUUAUGAGUUCUCACUCUUUUUAAAAACAGGAUUUUACAUUCUAAACUUGUAUCCGUUUUGUCCACAUUUGGUUAUCUUUUAAGUUCUUUUUUUUAACAUUUAAGAAUUAAAUGAAAUACUUAAAUACUCCUUAACACUCCUUAACACUUAAGGGGUAUUUAUGAUAACCUUAAUUUGGUUGAUGUCCAUGAUUUGUCUGCUUAAAAUUCAAAUGUAUGCCAUUCUUGUCAGCAUUUUGAAAAUUAAAACUUAAUACAGA